AUGGCUGAUUUCGAGAGGACGGUGCUGGAGUUUUACCAGCUACCAUCGCCAUAUCCGUCUGAAUGGCCGGCUGAGAAGGAUGCCGAAGACGCAGCGACGGACGGAACGGACGCCUGGGGCAACAAUAAGCGAACAUCCCGGUACCAGGCCCUCGAAUCUACGGUCAAUGAGCGGCGCAAUUUGAUGAAUACCGCCGAUGGCAAGGGAGGGAUGAAUAGUCUCGUGCAGAGAGACGAACCAGAUCCCCUGGGCUCCUCUGACAGCGUCGUUCGCAGCUUGAAGAACCUUGGGCUGCCAAUGCAGGAUGACAUUCGCCUUCGAAAUCGCUUCCUUCUCUCGUCGACGACAUUCUCACCGUCCCUAUUCCUCUCGCAGAUGCACUCCGACGCAGACACACGGAGCCUGCUGCAAGGCCUAGACGCGCUCUCCGCCUCCAUCGACCAAAAGUCUGCGUCACUCAAGGUCCUUGUCGAAUCCAAUUUCGAAAGAUUCGUGAAAGCCAAGGCAACCAUCGAUAACGUCUAUAAGGAAAUGAAGUACCGCGGAGAAGAACCGCAGCCGAAGACACACUCGCGUCACGCAAGUCGCAGCAGUUUUCGCAAUAGCGACAGCAAGCUUGCCUUUAACAACCAAUUGGCUUUUCCCGUAUCCGACAACAGAAAGAAAAAUGCCUUGACCAAGGAGAGUGAAUAUGGUGUUCUUGGUAUCAAAGCUCCACUACUCGAUGUUUCUGCUAAAGCUGAAGAAGUCUGGGGUCCUGCGCUUGGCGGCCGCGAGAAGGAGGAGCAUCUCAAGGUUGUCGCGACUCACCUCUCAAAUUUCAGGGAAUAUGUCGACCUGAGCGGAAUCGUUGCGGAUAGCAUUAAGCGCAAGGAUUAUGAAAGCUUAGUCGAAAGCUACAACCGUGCGAGAACAUUUGCCGACCAGGCUCGGCACUUGAGCAAACAACUGAAAGGUGGUACACCCGAUGACACACAAUUAUACCAGAUUCUUCUCGCAGCUCGUAUGUGGAACGACGUCAGCCGGCAGGGGGACUCAUUCAAGACCGAGGUUUGGAAGAAGCUGUCCUCAUCCUCAUCCCAUUCGAAGCCCAAUGCUACGGCUGGCCGUGUGCAAGAUCAACACAUCGAAUUAAUCAGUUUGCUCUUGGAACUGGGAGUCAAGGAGAGCCCCAUCUGGGUCUGGCUAAUAAGCCGCUACGAUCAUCUGAAGAGCAAGAUCCAGGUGACAGGUGACCGUCAGAAGACAGAGAUUGAGGUCUUACGAAGACGGCUGGCUGCCAGCGAGAAGCCCACCCCUAAUCAGGCUGGUGUGUAUCUGAACGGUCUCGGCAGACAAGCAAUCGACCGCAGACCUCGAGUCAAUGAUUCGGCCGAGGUCAUUGAACUCUGGGAAAAGAUGUACACUUUCCUGAGCAACCUCAUCUCCUCGCAAGGGAUCAUGGGUGAAAUUGUCGAAUUUUGGUCACUUGCUCAGGGCUUCAUCGAUGGCCGAACCCAGCGGACUCUGCCUAUUGGCUACAACGGAGAAUCUCAAGUGCAUCACGAGUUGUCCAGCGAACGUGUUAACCAACUAUCACAAGGCGCAGUCGAGCUUGUCGAGCAGAUCAGAGAACACAUAUAUGCAUUCUUUGCUGGGCUGCCUCCUGAAGACAUAUCUAUUCUUCUAUCGCCUUUGACGCCGAACCCAAGCUCACCAGCGUCUAACAACGGCGUUCCCGGUUCCCUCACACCAACAGCUUUGCGUGACCCGCGCUUCAACUUCGAUCCCAGCAACCCACCGCCUCCAUCUCCUAGUAGGGGGGAGCCUUGGGAAAAACUCGCAUUCUGGCCACCUUGGUCAAACUCGCUCAGUGGUGUGCACUACCUGUCGAGAAUGCUUGCGCUAGUUGGAUCUGGAGCGUCAGAGAUGGCUACUAUUGCGCCCGUAGCCGCCGCGAAAGGGCCCAACCAAGAGAUGGAUAGACUUAAGCUUCUCAUCGGUGCCUCCCGAGAGCGAUGUGUCACUGCCCUCUGCGCGGCAUGGAAUCGUGAUGCUGAAAAUAUUAAGCACGUGGAAGACUGGCAGCGUUCCAGUGAAAGGGGCGACGUUACCAGAAUGCCGGCCAGCUUUGCUGCAUUUGAGGGCACUCUUCUCACCGGCAUGCAAAAGAUUCUCUAUAUUUCAGAUGCAACAACGGAGCAAGGGGCGCCGAGCAUUGUUCUGCCGCCACCAGCCAAGCUGCUUCAGAUGGUUCGCAGUCAAUACGUCACAACUCUGUACAAGGCUUUAAGUGGGAUGGUAGAGAAUGCAGAGCGCGCUCUGAAAAAGACGGAGGAAGACGACUGGUCACAAGCCGCUACUGUAUACACCAGCACAUCCUCGGCCGGCAAGAGCACCCUGGAUGCUGGUGAUCGCAAUGUCAGAAUGCUUCUAACAUUGAGCAACCUGCAGGCCUUGCGCUCCCAGGUGGUGCCAAGUUUGAACUCACAAUUCGAAAACGCCUUCUCUGUAAAGCUGACUGAUGAGUCCAAGACUAUCAAGGAUGUGCUGGGUCAAAUUGAUGCCCGGCUAUUCCAGUCCUACACCAAACAUUCCAUCGAGAAGCUCCGCGAUAUUAUCCAAACUGGUCUGGCGUCCCCGAACUGGGUACCCAAGGCGAACCAGAGACCCGCGGCAGCCAAACCUUACAUCUACGAAGCACUACUGACACUGGUGCUCGUGCACUCCCAGGUGUCCACGACAGCCCCUUCUCUGACACCCCAGGUCUUGAGCUUUCUACUAGAGCAGACCUCCCUACAGCUGCUGGAGACCUUCCGCACACGGCCAAAGUACACGCUCGAGGCGCUGAUGCAAGCCACGCUCGACGUUGAGUUUGUGGCGCAAACGCUGAGCCACUACACGACGGACCGCGCGUCGGAGCUACAGAGCCAGAUCUACCAGGAGCUCGACGGGCGGACGGACAACGACGCGCGUGCGCGCCUGCAGAGCGAGCUACCUGAGAUGCGCACCGUGCUGAAGAAGCUGCGGGAGAACAGCAAGAACGAGUUUGCUUGCUUCAAGAAGCCCAAGAGGCCGCCGGGAUCGGCAGCGGCGACGCCUGCUACCGCCAAUGGCGGCAAGCAGGACGGAUACACCGGUGCAGGAAGCGCGACAGCAGGUUAG